CAGCAGCUGUUGGUGGUUAAAGAAGAGCAGCAGGAGUGGAGCUCCAGUCUGGACCAGGAGGACCCAGAGCCCCCACACAUUAAAGAGGAACAGGAGGAACUUCGGACCAGUCAGGAGGGAGAGCAGCUUCAAGGUCUGGAGGAGGCUGAUAUCAAGUUGUCAUUCACUCCUGUGAAGAGUGAAGACAAUGAUGAGGAAGCUCAGUCCUCACAGCUUCAUCAAAGACAAACUGAACAGAUGGAAACAGAAGCUGAUGGAGAGGACUGUGGAGGACCAGAACCAGACAGGAACUCAGAUCCAGAUACUGUUGACAAGACUAAAGACUCUUCUGAACCCGAGACUGAUGACAGUGACAAUGAUGAUUAUGAGACAAGAGAACUUCAGUCAGGUUUAAACUCUGUGAUAAAUAACGUCAAAAUUACUAACAGAGAAUUGUUGAUCUGCUCUGAUUGUGGAAAAACAUUUGGCCACAAGACAAAUCUGAAAAGACACAUGAGAUGUCACUCAGGAGAGAAACCAUUCAGUUGCUCAUUUUGCAAUAAGAGUUUCAAUCGGAGGGAACACCUGAUUGCUCACAUGAGAUGUCACUCAGGGGAGAAACCAUUCAGCUGCUCAGUGUGUGACACAAGUUUCAGUCAUUGUUGGUCACUGGAGAAGCACAUGAGGGUCCACACGGGAGAGAAACCAUUCAGCUGCUCACUUUGCAGUAAGAGAUUCAGGCAGCACUCUGAUUUGGCAGCACACUUCAGAAUCCACACGGGAGAAAAACCUUUUUCCUGCUCAGUUUGUGACACGAGUUUCACUCAGCGUCACACUUUGGUUCAGCACAUGAGAACCCACACGGGGGUGAAACCUUUCAUCUGCCCGGUUUGUGGGAAGAGUUUCUCAAGGAAGGGACAUAUGACGAGACACAUGACGGCUCACACCGGGGAGAAACCGUUCAGCUGCAGCGUUUGUGACAAAAGCUUCACUUGGCAGUCACAGUUUAAACGACACGAGUGUGCUGGUGAUAGCAGCGGAGCAGCAACUAAAGAUUAAAGCAACGGGAAACUUUCUUCCUGCUCACCUCGGAGUGUUCAACUGUCGACAAGGACGACAUGGACGAGUAAGAAUAUAUCAUAGAAUACAGAAAAUGCUCUUUGAGAAAUGAGUUUUGAUUUCAUGUCUUCUAUUGAUCAGAUUAUUAAAGAUUUAUUGACAAUAUGACAGCAUUCUGUCUAAAUGUUGAUACCUCACAUUCUCUUAUUUUAAGGAGUCAGUCUAACAUUUUGAGACGAGAAGAUUGUUAUGAAUCUCAGGUGUGUGUGUUCAGUACAGAGUCAGGACGUGGCUUUACCAGUGAGCGUUUCCUGUUUAAACCAACAGAAAGUGACCAAAUACAUGUGUAUGAAGUGCCAAUCAGGCACCUGAGGGUACCAGAAGCUCAAAACAAGAGUCAAU